AUGGAAUUAAAACCAACUAGCUUACAACGUUUUAUUCACUGCGCUUUCGUCAUAUUAGCAAUGUGUGAUGACUCUUGGAUUAAUGAAUCUAAUAUCAAGGAUAGAGAUUCUCUGAUUACGUUGGCUAAGAUUCAGGAGCAAGCUGAGCGAUUUAAUGAUAUGGCGUGUGCUAUGAAGAAAGUUGUCGAGACAUCAAAAACACUGAAUAAUGAGGAGCGAAACUUGUUUUCAGUGGCUUAUAAAAAUGUAGUUGGAUGUUGUAGAUCAGCAUGGCGUGUUGUUUCAAACAUUGAACAGCGAUUGGAUGACCAGAAGAAAAAACAAGCGGGAGAAUACCGUAAAACUAUUGAGAAGGAAUUACAAGCUGUCUGCCAGGAAGUCUUAGAUUUAUUACACGAGUCACUACUCAAAAGUGAAAAUACAGCUGAAGGAAUCGUGUUUUAUAAGAAAAUGGAAGGUGAUUAUUACAGGUAUUUAGCUGAGGUUCUAACUGACGACAAACGUGCUGAUGUUGUAAAACACUCAAGGGAAGCUUAUCAGGCAGCAACGGAGAAGGCAAAUAGUGACCUACCUCCAACUCAUCCAAUCCGUCUGGGCUUAGCUCUAAACUUCUCUGUGUUUUAUUAUGAAAUCGAAAACAACCCCGAAAAAGCAUGCUCAAUUGCUCAGACUGCAUUUAAUGAAUCAAUCGGACAGUUGGACCAACCUGAAAGUGGUUCCUUCAAAGAUAGUACACUUGUAAUGCAACUUCUUCGUGAUAACUUAACUUUAUGGACUUCUGAACGUGAAGCUGCUCAGUAA